AUUGCCCCGCCACUCCUCUGCCAGUGUGCAGCAGCGAGACGCUGGGGCCUGUUCCCCGCAGCCUUCGGAGUGGAUUGCGGACCUUGCGAGCCCUAUGUCGCUGGCCCCCCAGAACCCAGAAGAUGCCAGAUGGGGCUCCGGCCAACCCCAAAGGGUGCAAGAAGAAGGGGCUGGUUAGACACCCCCCUGGGAGGAGGGGCCCAAGCAUCAGGACCUCUUCAAGAACUUCUAGAUCUCGCCUGAGGAUGAAGAGUUUCAUCACCAUCACCAUCCUAGCCAGCAGCGUCCUGCCUGCGGCCCACAGCAGCCUGCUCAACCUCAAGUCCAUGGUGGAAACAGUCACUGGGAGGAAUGCCAUCUUGUCCUUCGUGGGCUACGGCUGCUACUGCGGGCUGGGGGGCCGUGGCCUGCCCAUGGACGAGGUGGACUGGUGCUGCCAUGCCCACGACUGCUGCUAUCAGAAGCUCUUUGACCUGGGCUGCCACACCUAUGUGGACCACUAUGACUACACCAUUGAGAACAGCACUACCAUCGUCUGCAGCGAGCUCAACCAGACCGAGUGUGACAAGCAAACGUGCGAGUGUGACAGGAGCGUGGCGCUGUGCUUCCAGCAGCAGAUGUACAGGGAGGAGCACCGCAACUAUCUCAACAUCUACUGCCAGGGCCCCACGCCCCGCUGCAGCGUCUACGAGCCGCCCGCCGCGCCUCCCUAGGUGCCCUGGGGGCUGCUGGAGGGGCUGGGAGGAGGCUCUGGCUCUGGGGGCCAGGCGGAUGGAGCAGGCGGAGGUGGGGGUGGGUCGGGAGCCCCCGGUGCGUCUGGCCGCCGCCCCCGGGAACCCUCUGGUAGUCCAGAGGACUCGGAAAGGUCUGGGCCCUGGCCCUGGCCACCAGGCUCCUCCAGCCCAGCCCUGGGUGUGGCUUCGUCCUGGAUGCAGCAAGGGGGUGGCGUGUGCCUUGUUGGGGUCUCCCCCAAGUGUGGAAGAGAUCGGGGGCCUCUGAGAGGGGCCUCUCGCUGACUAAGCCAGGCAUGAAAGGGUGGAUCCCAGGGUCUUCGAGACCCAGGCCUGCAGCAGCCAGCACAGGCCCAGAGCUUGGGAUGUCCUAGGAGCAGGCUCCCAGGCAGACGGAGUGCUGGUCACAGGUCUGGGUUCUGGGGCCCCUCGGCUGCUCCCACAGGACGAGUCAGGGUAAUCCAUGCUUUGGAGGCCUCCAGAGCCCCAUUAAAGAGCAGGUGGCCCCAUCCUGGCCUUCAUCAUUGGCACACGAGUCCCGGCCCAGAUCGGAUGGUCACAGGGCUUGCAUCCCAGCCCCAAAGUCCAGCCUCAGUGACCCAAAGAGCUUCCGAGCAGGCUCCUGGGCCCUGACAGAACCCACGUGCAUCCCCCCAACUCCAGGUCCACAGGGACCCAGAUGGGGUCACACACAAAUGUGCCCCCCUGGGCAGGCCUUCCUGCCUCUCCCACUGACCCACUCAGGUCAGAGGAACAGCCUGGCCACGGCUCUGCAGCCCUGAGCAGCUCUGAGGGGGCCCCAACCCCAGCAUCCCGGGUCUGUGACAAACACACAGGCCAGAGGCUCACGGCCUAGACAGCCAGGCCCUCCCCCGCGCCUCCCCCCAUGCAGCAGCCAGGCCAGGGGGUGGAAUGGGCCAGAAGCCUCUCUUCCUGGACAAGGAGGGACAAGGCUGCAGCCUCAACUCAGAAUUCCGCUGCAUGAGGAGGGCGCGGAGAGCUGGAACCCAGCUUGGGGAAGAGGAGACAGAGGCAGGAGGGACCAGGGCCAGGCAGGGGGCCAUGGGGAAGACUCAGGAAGGGGUAGACAGGGAACUGGAUGAGGACAGGGAAGGGAGGGGGAGCGGGGAGACACGGGGUGGGCAGACUCCAGACCAGAGCGGUCUUGGCAGGAGAAGGGGGUGGAGGAGUCUUGGGGACGGGGCCCCUCAGGCCCAGGGGGCUGCCGGCCGGGGGGUGGGGGUGGCCAGGCCAACCCCCGACGGGCACCAGCACUGAUGUCUUCCCAGGAUCGCCUUCCUCUCCUGCCCUGCUGACCGCAGGCGUCAGUGGCCUCUGGGUGCCCAGGGCACCCCACCGCAUCCUGCCUUCUGUCUUCGUCUGGCAUCAACCCCAAGGGCCCAGUGGUGCAGCGGUGUGACCCCAGGGAUGCUCAGAACAUCCACCAGGAAUCUCGGCCCUUUGGGAGUGGCGAGAAUGUCUAUAGAAGACCACGACAGGACUGGACGGAGCCCUGCCAAGCUGCAGCUUCUAGGACGCCUGCCCUGGGGGCUGGGGUCAGCACUCACCCAGUGUGGGACCACCGCUCACCCCUGCUGUCCUACUGGCCACAGGGGUUGAUGGCUGUGGUCCCCUGUGUGCCCUGACCCCACCUGCCCAGUCGCCAAGAUCCUCCGGGAAGCCCACCUUUUCCUCGCUGUCCCAGGCUGACCCCCGACUUCUCUGAGCUGAAUCUCCACCCCUGCCGCCCCCCCUCCCAACCCAGGCAGGGAUGGAGUCAGGAUGGGUCGCCCCCCCCAGAGGUGGGGACCGCAGAGGCCUGUGUCCGUUGCCCAUGGAAGCCCUGGCUGUGCCCCCCACACACAAACACACCCUCACCUCCUAAAGUCUGGGUGUUGGGAGGCAAUUCUGCUGCUAAGGAGUCCUGUCUGCCCCCCCACCUCACCCCAGACUCUCCCAGGUGCUGUGACCCCAAGAGACUGUUCCCAGGACUCCACAUCCCCUCCUCAAACUUAUUAAAGGCCUCCUUCCUCAACUCCUCGCCGCUGGAUCCUCCUUGGCACGGCACCCACUGGCCAGGCACCAGGGGAAAGCACAGUGGUUCCCUCUCGGGUCUCCAGCUCUGGGGAAAAUGGGUUCCCUGGUGCCUAGUGGCGAGCAUGGCCUGCCCCCUCCCUGCCCCUGGCCUGACAGGAGCAGCCGCCCUCCAGCAGAGGUGCAAGUGUUGGGAGGGUUGGAAAGUAGGGCUGCGGUCCAGCGAUCGGACAAUGCAAGCAACCAGUGGGCUGAGAGCUUGCCCGGCGUCCACUCCACGGUGCAUCCCACCUUUUUUUCUGUUGGAGAACCGAGGCCCAGAGAGGGCAGGGGACUUGCCCAAAGUCACCCAGGCCAUUAGUGAUGGUGCUGGGCUCUGAAUCUCAGCCUCUGACUUUUCAUGUCACCUCCUUGCACCUUCUUAACGAGGACUCGGGCUGCUGGGGCCAGUGGGACAAGUGACUAAGAGCCCAGCAGGGUGCCAGGUCCUGGGUCCUGGCUUGACCCUUGCCUAUGAGGGGCACCGGUUUCCCCAAGUACAGAGAGACCAGAGCAGCUGUUUCAGAGGCUCCCCAAAGCUGCGGAUUUUCCUGUGACACCCAGGGGUGACCUCUGGGGAAGGGGAGGCUGAGGAGACAGGGGUCAGAGGCCUCCUACUCAUCGUUCCACGAGCAACCCUGCUUUUCCUGCAAUUCUUACUGCCCCUUCACAAGAGCUACUGCAAGGAGAAAAGGCACUCUUGGGCCAAAAGAUCGAAAAGCCCUGGACGUGGUCAUCCAUUGCUUGGUUCAAUCAUUCAUUUAGUGAACCUGUCUGUCCUGGUGUUCUCCUAUGGACCAGGCUGGGCUUCACAGUAGACACCACUGAUCAGACACAGCUCCUGCCCACAGGAAGCCCACAGUCUGGGAAGGGGAGGCAGACACGUGGACCGACAUCCUUGACAUAUGGGGCCAGGUGGUGUCAGGAUGGAGCCCAAGCCUGUCUCUGCCAGUCCCGGAAGUGGGUGAGGUGGAGCUGGAACAGUGUAUUAGAUGCCCCUGGAGGUGGGGAAGGAGAACAGGGCCAUGGAUUUUGAGGAAGGACUCUGCUUAACCCAGUCUGGGUGGUCUUUCUCUCCUCAAGUUAGUGAGGCCUUUGAUGCUAAGGCUUGAGGAGGGUGCAGGACUUCCUUUCGCUGGUCUGAGGGCGGCCACUGACAGAUGCUCUCCUUGGCCACAAUUUGGGCAGGCUCUCGCGAGAUCUUUUCUCAACCAGGGCUCCACAUGCGGGUUUCCGUUGCCCCGUUUUAGCAAGAAUCCUGCUACGUCAGUUCAUUGAGCACCCCCACCCACCCCUGGUAUCUGAUCAAAUCUCUCCUCCUCCACCCUUCCCCCCACCAGUGAUAUCAGAUCACCCCCACCCUCCUUCUCCACGAAUCCUGUUUGGUCAGUUCAGCAGGAAUUUCCUACCCUCUCAGCAAUUUUCCAUCCCUCCCUCCAACUCCUGCUAUAAAUCCCCACUUUAGAAAACGCAGGAUUUCACAGCACUGCAGAGCAGAAACUAACACAAGAUUGUAAAGCAACUAUACUCCAGUGAGAAAUAGACAGGAAACUGAAGAUUCGAAAUCGUAUUUGGAAUUGAGCCCAAAUCUAUACUGUCUCCUGUUGCAAGAGUUUUUGAAUAAAAAUCUGUUUUGGC